AUGCCAGUCUCUGAGAACAAGGCACGUGCGCUGCGUGGUGAACUAUAUUACGCUUUCACACCAGAAUUGACCAAAGAGCGCACAAACUGUCACCGCCACAUCGUAGAGUUCAACAACGCAGGCGAGAUCUCACGGCGGGAGAAGACGACGAUCUGGAGAAACAUAGUCCAAGACGAAACACCUCUCCCACCACAAGCAGCCACAGAAGAUGACGACGACGCUCUCUUCGCCGAAGAACCCUGGGUCGAGCCUCCGUUUCAUGCAGACUAUGGGUACAACAUCAAAUUAGGCCAAAACGUCUUUCUUAACUUCAACACCACUAUCAUCGACACCUGCCUCGUGACGAUUGGAGCACGAACCCUCUUUGGCCCGAAUGUUUCAUUAUACACAGGAUCGCAUCCUUUGGAUGGUGACCUUAGAAACGGUACCAAAGGCCCAGAGUCUGGCGGCGAGAUCCACAUCGAGGAAGAUUGCUGGAUAGGCGGUAAUGCUAUACUCCUGCCAGGCGUCAGGAUAGGAAGAGGGAGCACUGUUGGGGCUGGGAGUGUUGUCACCAAAGAUGUUGGGCCAUAUACAGUCGUGGUAGGCAAUCCGGCGAGAAAGCUAAGGGAUGUGCCAAGAGGUAAAUACGAUGCAGAAGCCAAAGAGGCAUUGGCGGCUCUAGAGCGAGAUGAGGCGAGGUCGAAAACCUCAUAG